AUGGCCAUGGCGAAGAAAAACUUCGCCAAGGUCGAGGACGCCUACUUGCAAGUCCCACAGCCAUCGCCUGCCGUCACCACUGUCGAUGCUAAGGUCUUUGGAGAUGACCAGAAAGGCCAAGUCACCUAUGCGCUUGAGCACCUGCUACCGGGACAGCGCAUAGGUGCAAGUGCUUGGAAAAACUUUGCCAAGGAGAUGCUCGAAACAGCUGGGAUGGAGAACCGUGUGAAGGAGCCAAUGUUGUUCAGAAGCCGUGCGGGCCAAGAGCGGGCCGGCAUGAUUUUGCAUGCUGAUGAUGGCCUGCUGGGAAUUGUGGUGGCUCCAUCACCACCCGGUGCCUUGACAUGCUUUGUCCGCAUGUUUGCCAGUGCUAGAUCCGCAGCCAAGGAGAUGGUCCACCCAGAGCUCAUUGCGCCCUUCCUGAAGCUGAAGGCUUCCGGCGUAGGUGGUUUCGAAACACCGGCAGCCCUGGAGAAGGAAGCGCGCGAACUGCACCAAGCUCUGCGAGAUGCAGCCGCCAAUGCCAAGACCUCGAGCACCGAGACUGCCCGGGAAGACGCAUCUCACGGGGGCAGGCCUGCAGCGGUCGCUCGACGGGAGCUCGCCGUUCUGUCGAACAGGGCCGAGAAAGUGAUCAUGAAGGGUAAACUGGCCCUCACGGCGCUAGAGAAGUUGCUGGAGGUCGCGACAAGCGCAUUGUCGAAACGCCUCGGGGCAGCUCUGCGGAGUGAGAAGGCUCCGGUGAAGGACCUGACGCAAGAGGGCUUUCGGAAGCACAUCCUCAGUGUGGCAUCUGCCGAUUUCACGGAGGACCAGGCGUCGUUCCUUUCCCGGCGCCUGGCCUCCGACGGCCUCGGCGCGGCGAAGUUGGCGGCGCUGAUUCAGCAGUUCUACGUCGUGGAAGUGCCGGUGGCGCUGACGUCUGACAUUAACAUCGGCAUUGGCAAGACAGUGCGGAAGCCUGGCAAGGGCGAGUUUUUGGAGGCUCUGGAAGGCCCCAAACAGGUGACCUCCUGCGCUGUGGAGCGCAUCCGCGCGCGCUGCGUCACCGACGGCUCCGAGGGAUGGAUCACCAUCAAAGGCAACCAGGGCACCCCAUACCUUCAGGAGACUCUGAAGCCGUACUACAUCUCCAUCAGUGAGGAGAAGGUCCCUCUGCAGGGAAACGAUGGCGCCGAUGCUCGGAACGUGGAGUUCGGAGAAGUCCUGGAGCUCCUUCAGGGCCCCAAGACAACCUCCUCGUCUUCCGUCCAGCGAGCGCGCGGGAAGGCGCUGAAGGACAACGCCACUGGGUGGUUCACCGUCAUGGACAAAUUUGGUCAGGUCUGUGCGGAGAAGGGCGAGAAACUGUACAGAUGCGCAUCGGCCGUCGCAAUGACCGAUGACCUGGACCUCCAGAGCAAGAUGAUCAAGAAGUUGGACAUCGGCACUUACCUUCUCGUCGAGGGGUCGACGCAAGUUGACCCUGCGACGGGCAUCAGCCGCCUCCAGGGCCAGAUCUUGGGAGAGGAGACUUCCGGUUGGGUGACGGUGAAGGGCAAUGCAGGGACGGUGUUCCUGGAGCCAUGUACAAAGCAUUACGCCGUCACCCGCUCCGGCACGCUCCACCGAGCGCUCUCUUCCAGCUCGCCCGCGGUGCGGCCGCUGCUUGCAGGGGAAGUUCUGGAGGUGCUGGAGCCGGCGAAGGAAGAGCCCCAAGAGCCCGAUCGGGUGGUCCAGUUGAGGCCCCUCCAAGGUGGUUCGCCCACUUGGGUCUCCGUCGGCUCCGCGCUAAAGCAGUGGUCUCGACAAUAUCGGGCAGCUAGGGCUUUCCUGCUGCGCGCUGGGCAGGAUGAAGCCAGCGACAGCCUCCGACAGGUGACCAAAGGAGAAGCUCUGGAGGCAACUGGCCUUCCGAGCGGCGCAGCUGGGGGGCAGCGCCUGAGGCUUCGUGCCAAAAAGGACAACUUGGUUGGCUGGGCUUCACUCCUCAGCAAGGAGGGCGAGAAGGGCCUGGCCGACGAGAACAGAGUUUUGCGGCAUAUGAUGGUGCCCGGCCGGAAGCCGGAGUCUGGAUCUCAAAACGGGCAUGCUUUCGGCUUGAAGGCCGUCUCCGACAGCGUUCGAAGCAGCCGCUCAGCAGACAGUCGUGUUGAUGGCCCACCGCCAUGCAUCCGAAUGUUGAUUCACGGUGUGGCUAUCGCCAUCGUUGUGGCGGCAGUUGUUUGCGCAGUCAUCGGCUUCGUGCUCAUGGUCGUGCAGUCCGUCCUCAAUCUGCAGGAGAAUUGGCCCGUCUACAAAAAGGGCGCAGAGAAUGUUGCGCAGGCGGUGCAGAAAGCUGUGGCCCAUGCCACAGGGUCCAUGCCAAAGAGCGUGGCUGAGGAUAUCUCGCGCAAUGCCCUGGAGAAAGCAGAGGAAGUGGCCUCCGCCAUUGUCGGUGAG